AUGCGCCUCGAUGCAGCCUUCGGAGUGGUCACAGAUCUACGUCUUGGCUUCGUCGGCGGCCUCUGGCCUACGAUUAUAGCAAUCUGGCAUGUUCCCUCCUUACUCUUCCAACCACUUGAAAUAUCCCGCAUUUUCAUGUCCCAUGUAUGGGACCUCUAUGGUGAUAGCGCUGACGAAGCCGGAAGGGCGGUCAAAAAUGGGCUCAUCACUCCACACGCCUAUGGCGUUGUGCUAGACCUCGGUGCAGGACACGGCCACACCAUCAAUUACCUCGACCAUUCGCGUGUUACGAAAUACGUAGCUGUAGAACCCAACGUGCAUAUGCAUGCAAAGCUGCGCCGUACUGCCUCUGCUGCUGGGUACAACGAAGAUGCUGGAACGCUCCUCAUCCUCCCUUGUGGUGCUGAAAACAUCUCUACCAUCCUUUCCUAUCUUCCUGCGCCGCACCCACCUGUAGACACACUCAUAUCUGUCCUCACUCUCUGUUCCAUCCCCUCGCCACAAUCCACCAUCUCUUCAUUGGUCACGGAGGUGCUGAAACCUGGGGGUCAGAUGUUGUUCUAUGAACAUGUGCUUAGCGAGAGGGAGGAUGUUGUGUGGUGGCAGCGUUUUUGGACACCGUUGUGGGGUAUCGUUUUUGAUGGAUGUCGUUUGGAUCGCCCAUCUCAUAGGUGGAUCGAGGAUGUUGGGGGAUGGGAAGGGGAGACUGGUGAAUGUCUAUUUUGGCACCGAGUGGGGAGAUUGGUUAAGGCCUGA